AUGCCUGAUUCGCUGCAGGCCGCUCGUUAUUCAAUCGUGCCGGCCGUUGGCCAUCAUCGUCGUCCAGAGCAUUUCAAUACGCACGACCGACCUACCACCCUGCGAGUGAGUGAGCGCGAGGCCAUGGCGGGGGAGGCGUACAUGCGGCAGCUCCGCGCGCACCCGCUCCUCACCAAGGCAGUCACCUCCGGCGUGCUCGCCGGAUGCAGCGAUGCCAUCGCCCAGAAGAUCGCCGGCGCUAGGAAGCUCCAGCUUAGGAGGCUCCUCGUCAUAACGCUCUAUGGGUUUGCGUACGCGGGGCCAUUCGGUCAUUUCUUCCACAAGCUUAUGGACAGGAUUUUCAAGGGGAAGAAAGGAAGAGAAACUGCAGCCAAUAAGGUCAUAGUGGAGCAACUAACUGCAUCACCACUAAACAACUUGUUGUUCAUGAUAUAUUACGGGUUGGUAGUCGAAGGGAGGCCGUCUGAGCAAGUGAAGAGCAAGAUAAAGAAGGAGUACGCCAACAUCCAGUUGACCUCAUGGAAGUUGCGACCAAUCGUUAGCUGGAUCAACUACGAGUACGUGCCACUCCAGCACCGAGUUCUCUUCGCCAGCUCCGUCGCAUCAUGCUGGGCAGUGUUUCUGAACCUGAAAGCAGCAAGAUCAUCCUCGUUGCCGGCCACUAGCAAGAAUGCAUAA